AUGUUCCGCUCAACAGCCUUUGUGCUUCUAACCUCCCACCCGAUUUCGUCAGACAACCGCCAUAGACAUUCAAAAGUUUUUGUCGAGAAGUUUGCAGCAAACAGCACUCUUGAACACAUCUUAUAUCAAAGUGGCCCGCCCGCUCUUGCAACAGCUCCUGGGACACCGACCGAUAAAGUCGAAGAUCCAACCAUGACAAAGUAUGCAGUCGUGAACCUCCACAAGGACCAAGCCGCCACGACCAACACCUUCCUCGAAACACUCCAGAUCGCAGUCGCCCUAAGCCUGACGAAUUCCGCCAAGACCCGGAUCCACGAUCCACCUAAGCCCUACGACAUCAGUAACCUGAAGCAAGCCGUUGUAGUCGAAAACACCGACAACCCCGUCCAAAUCGAGCGCCACAUCAACCCAGCAUCCCAGCACCACGACCCGCGAGUCUACCUCAUCCGCCGCCCGGAGCAAGGUGGAGGCGACAGAUGCAUUCUGGCAACGGGGAAGAAUGGCAGCCUGGUGCUCUGUGAGCUGGAGAUUGAUCCAAAGUACAUUGGCAAACCGCACUCUGAUGAGUAUGGCUUGGCCGACUGGAGCAAGUUCAAGAGGACGUUCGACUGGGUUAGUCUGUUCUUGUUUGAUGUUGACGGUAGAGGCGUGCGUCGAUGGCGGGACCUGGCUAAGGCGGGGUACUUUGAGUGCGAUGCGGCAGAAGAACCGUGGGAGGCGGAGGCGAAUGAUGAGCAGACGGAUGCGGAUGCGUGGGAGAAGGAGGCCUGA